UCUCUCUCACCUCCCUGACACUAAACUGGUUUCAUUAAGGCCGUUUUGAUCUCCUCUCCUUCUCCAGGUUGGGAGAAGGAAGGAAGGAAGGAAGGAAGGAAGGAGGCUUUGCCUCGAUCUCGCUCUCUCCGGUGUCCUGUGUCCAUGGUCUCAAUUUCUCAAAGAGUUUUCCUAGAAGAGAUCAGCUGAUCGAAUGAAGAAAUUAUUAUUUCAGGGCUUCAUUUGAGGAGUCAUCUUAUUUUUGGUCAAGAUGAAGCGCAUGCAAAGGAUGCCAACAAGGAAGUCCCAUUCAUGGUGGUGGGACAGCCAUAUUAGUCCCAAGAACUCCAAAUGGUUAGCCGAGAACCUAGAAGAGAUGGAUAAGCAAGUUAAAGAUAUGCUGAAGCUCAUCGAGGAUGAAGGUGAUUCUUUUGCAAAGAAGGCCGAGAUGUAUUUCGAACGGCGGCCUUUGCUUGUAACUCAUGUUGAGAACUUCUACCGCAUGUAUCGUGCUCUUGCCGAGCGUUAUGACAAUGUGACUGGGGAAUUACGCAAGAAUAUCCCAUCGUCACUCCAGUCACAAGGCUCUCUUAGCAUAUCUGAAUCUGAUUCUGAGACACAGUCUGCUCCCCCAACUCCUAAGCCUGACUCGGAAGAGACAACACCAAAACAGAAGCGUAAACCAAGAGCAGCUGGCUUUGAUGUCUUCCUUGGUUCUGGUGGAAGUUCAGACAUUUCCAAGAAGGGGAGCGAUGGAUCAUCAUCAUCUUCUUCAGAAUCUGAUUCUGAGGUUGACGAAUUGAGAGAAGACAAUGGUGAUGGAAGUCCUUUUGCAUUGAACGAACGAAUUGCCGAGCUAGAAGAUGAGCUUCAGGAAGCAAGGGAAAAACUUGAGGCACUUGAGGAAAAGAAUACACGCUGCCAAUGUGAAAAACUUGAGGAGAAGUUGAAGGAUUCGCACUCAGAAAUCAGCAGCCUUCAGAAGGAACUUGAAGGCCAACUAGCUCAUCAUGACCAUGAAAUUGAGAAGUGCAAGAAGGAGCUUGAACACGUUCAUGAGAAGUAUUCCCACGAUAAAUCUACUCUUGAAACAGAAAUAAUAAAGCUCCAAGACAUCGUCAAGAAUUUCGAAGGUGAUCUAGCAAAAAUGUCACAAGAGAAAUUGCAGCUCAAGGCCCAGGUUAAGGAACUUGAACAAGCAUCUCGCAGCCUAGAUGAUUCAUCAGCACAGAUUAUGAAGCUCCAAGAAAUAAUCAAGGAUCUGCAAAGAAGGCUGGACAAUGAUUCAAAUGAGAAGAAGAUGCUCGAAGAACGUGCUAUCGAAUUUGAACAAGUUCGUAAGGAGCUGGAGGGUUCAAGGACUGAGGUCGCAGAACUACAAGCUACAAUCAACAAUCUGAAAGCUGACCUAGGAAGAGCUCUGGAAGAGAAAUCACAGCUGGAGAGCCGUAUCAAUGAUCUGGAACACACAAUCGCCUGUAAUUUGGAAGAAUUCUCGCAGGAGAAAUCCUCACUUGGUGCCGAGAUCCAAAAACUGAAAGAAGCCAAUGCUUCUCUUGAAGGCAAGCUGACAUCCACAGAGUCACAGCUCCAGCAACUCCACGCCGAGAAAUCAGAAGCAUCCAUUAGCAGUGAGAAGCAGAUCUCCGAUCUGAAUCAAGCCAUCGCCGAUCUCGAAACAAAGCUUGAACUCCUUUCUUCAGAGAAAACUACAGUCGAUAACAAGGUGGCUAGCUUACUGACCGAUGUCACAGCUCGUGAUGAGAAGAUCAGGGAGAUGGACAGCCACCUGCACCAGCUGCACCUGGAGCAUGUCAAGCUGAUUGCAGAGGCAGAUGCCGUGACGAAGGCGGUGUCGGAGCUGCGAGCACGGGUGAGCGAGCUCGAGGAAGAGGUGGAGGAGCAGAAGCUGAUGGUCUCCGAUGGCGCGGAGGGGAAGCGAGAGGCGAUCAGGCAGCUCUGCUUCUCGCUCGAGCACUACCGCCAUGGGUACCAGCAGCUCAGGCAGCUCCUGCAGGGACACCACAAGAGGCCAUUGGUGAUGGCCAAUUGAGAGUGAGAAUUUCUAAAACCUAUCUUGGCAAUGCAACUGCAAAGCAAAAUUGCAUCAAAGAACCUGUCAAUGCAAUGCAAAAUUGCAUCUCCCUCCCCUUUUCUUGUUCUAUGAUGUAGCUCAUUCAGAUGCUGGUACCCUAUGGUGCGUGUAUUGUAAUCGAGGAACCGAGUCUGAACAAACUUCUUUUUUUCAUUUCCUGGUAAUGAAUCUGUCGAAUUCUGCUGUGAGCAUGUCAAGAAAAAUGAUCUGUCUCCUCUUUGCA